CUACAUGUCUAAUUAAAUAAGACUUCCUAUAAGCUUAGCUAGACUAUAACCUACUUCAGUUGAAACGAUGGCAUCACAGAGUUCAAACCAAAAAGCAGACUUGUACCCAAACUGUGACGUCAAUGUGUGGUUACGGUCCUGUAUUGAAGAAAUCCCAGAACCCAUCACCGGUACCACCACUGGUACCAUUCCAAAAUGGUUGCGGGGUUGCCUUCUACGUAAUGGACCCGGUUCGAUCAAAGUCGGUGAUGACUAUUUCGGACAUAUUUUUGACAGUUCGGCCCUCCUCCACCGGUUUUGCAUCGACGAGGGCGGGGUUACUUAUCAGUGCCGUUUCGUCCAAUCAGAAGUGUUCAAACGGAACCGAGCAGCCAAUCGGAUUGUCGUCACCGAAUUUGGCACUAAAGCCGUCCCUGAUCCGUGCCGUACCAUCUUCCAAAGAGUUGCUUCAGUUUUUAAUCCAAAAUCUGAGGAUAUUCCGGAUAAUUCAAUGAUUUCGGUUUAUCCGUUCGGGGACGAAGUUUAUGCAUUCGGGGAACUCCCGAUAAUUCACAAAAUUGAUCAAGAGACUUUGGAAACGAAAGAACGGGUUGACGUUCGCGAUUUUGUUUCAAUUGUCCAUCACACCUCUCAUCCGCAUGUUAUGAACGAUGAAACUGUUUUCAACUUGGGGGAAACAAUAUACCCGACUGGACCCUAUCACACGAUUGUUAGGUUUCCACCGGGGAAAAACAUGGUUGAAGGUGCAGAAAUCGUAGCGGGAAUCCCCGCCAGAUGGCCACUGCACCCUACAUACAUGCACACUUUUGGCCUGACGGAAAAUUAUUUUGUCAUUGUUGAACAACCUCUAAGUGUUUCUGUUGGUGGUAUGAUUAUGAAUAAGAUUAAAAAUGAGCCGAUGAAAGGGAGUCUUCGGUGGUACCAACACGAAAAAACACAAUUCAGUUUAAUAAGUCGUGAAACUGGCCAACUGGCUUACAAAUUUUACUCAGAAGCGUUCUUUUAUUUACACAUUAUCAACCAAUACGAGACUUGCGAUCACGUGGUUGUUGACAUUUGCACGUACCGCAACCCCGAAAUGCUGGACUGUAUGUACAUCAGUGCAAUGAAGAACAUGCAACAAAACCCGAACUAUGCCGAACUGUUCCGUUCAAAACCGCUCCGUUUCGUACUUCCCCUAAAACCGCCGGAAACAAAUUCGAACCUAGUCCAACUGUCAAACACUAAAUGCGAAGCGUAUUACCAACCUGACGGCGAAAUUUACGUAAUACCGGAAAAAUUAUCAGAUUUGGGAUGUGAAACACCCAGAAUCAACUAUGGGCAAUAUUUGGGAAAGCAGUAUCGAUAUUUUUACGCUAUUAGCGCUGACGUCGACGCGGCAAACCCGGGAACUAUGAUCAAAGUUGAUACCGUAACAAAAACCGCCAAAACUUGGUGUGAGGAUAAUUGUUACCCCAGUGAACCCAUUUUUGUACCACGGCCCAAUUGUGCCUUUGAGGACGAUGGGUUGAUUUUAGCCGCCAUGGCAUGGGGUAGAGAAGACACAAACCAUGUCGGUUUGAUUAUUUUGGAUGCAGAAAGUUUCACAGAAGUGGCAAGAACUGAGUUUAGGACGCCUGGACCUGUACCCAAAUGUUUACAUGGCUGGUUUUUGCCGAAAUAAAUGAAUCAUACUGUAGAUUUUGUUGUAUUCAGGUGUGACAAAGAUAGCAUGAUUGGGAGAAACGUCAAGAAAACUAGGAAAUGUCAAAAUCUUUACAUUUUUAUUUUUUUUAUUGUAUCAAAAAGGAAUAAAGAUGUGUUGGUGGUG